ACAGGUCCUUGUUACGGAUAUUCACGACAUGAUUCACGCACUCCUCCUCCUGUUUCUCCGUUUUACGGUAGGAGUUUACGCACCGGCACUGAACAACGCUAAGGAAUUAACGCAAUGACAAGAACGAACCCCAGGAACUAUCCAAGUCAAUCAUAAAACCUACUACAAUCAGCAAUUCAAGAUGGUUUUAGAAUCUAUUUCAAAGAUAAUAAAAGUCCAGCUUCCAGCGUACCUAAAGAGGCUUCCGCUUCCGGAGAGCAUCACCGGUUUUGCAAGGUUAACAGUGUCUGAGUGGCUGCGGUUGCUGCCUCUCCUGGGUAUCCGCUUGCUUGGUUAUCUGACCAUUCGUCCAUUCCUGCCCAAGAAGAAGAAACAGAGAGACAGCCUGAUCAACCUGAAGAUCCAGAAGGAGAACCCCAAAGUGGUCAACGAGAUAGACAUUGAAGACCUGAACAGUGCAAAUGUGUGCUACUGUCGCUGCUGGCGCUCCAAAACUUUUCCUGUUUGUGAUAAGUCACACUUAAAGCACAACGAGCUAACUGGAGACAACGUGGGACCGCUCAUUCUCAAAAAGAAGAUACUGUAAUUGACAUCUGAUGGGAGUUUCCUUACACCUCUCCAGUCUGUUGUUUUUUUUCCUUUUCUUAACAGUUUGUACAACUUUUUUUUCUUUCCAAGAAUCUUGAUGUUGCCUUAGUGUCAUGCUGUUGUUGGUCAGAACAAUGACCAUGACCAGAAAUUGACUUUGUAUGAAGUACUCCCAGAACACCCCAAAACAAAAGUUUCUAGUCUGAUUGUUGCUAAUUUUUGUAACAGAACAGCCUUUUUAAAUGACGUAAAUUCUAUUAAAGUCAUGUUUUCAAACAACUGGGACCACUUUGAGGGAGGACACUUGGAACAUAACAGCAGUGUCCAAUAAUGUUGAAUCAAAACCCGCAUUUUCCCACUUAAAAGUUGUUUAAAUGAAAAGAAAACUAGUACUAAUCAUAUCUUUGUACUGUAUACAGUUGUGCUCAUAAGUUUACAUACCCUGACAGAAAAUGAUGGUUUCUUGGGUAGUUUCUGUGUCAUUGGUAUAAAAAGAGUAAGCACAGUUGUUUGACAAUAAAUGGCUUCACCCAACCACUAACCAUGAGUUAAAAAAGAAAAGGUUUUCUGUUGAAGUUUUUCUCUCUGAAAAAUGGCCCAAAAAAAUCACAAAUUCUGUCAGGGUAUGUAAACGUAUGAGCACAACUGCAUCUCCAUUUCUGGUACUAUUAAUAGACAGCCUGUUUUAGUGUUUUUCUUUCUCCCGUUUCAGAUUGUCUGUGUGCCAUAUUGUUAACAUGCUGUUCACACUGUUAGGAUAUGAAGCAUUCUCCUAUAAGUUAUUUUAAAUGUAUUGAGGUUACUUAUUCUUCUUCAGUUGUAUUUUGUUCAUUGCCUUUAACGUUAAAGCAUUUCAAACCACUGCACUACUGAGGAAUAUCCAGUUAUACAGUUUAAACCUCAUUACCAUGUUAAUGAGGACAUAUCUUCUGCUGCAAGAAACUGGCUCUAUAUCAUUUCUUGUAGUCUCUGUUAUGUCAUAAUGGUUGUAUAUAUAUUUGACUUCUGCUGGAGGCUUCCUUUUUUUCAUCAGAAACAUUUUAUACAUAAAUGGUCUUAUGUCAUAAA